CUGCCUCUCCUGCCUAUCCACAUCCCUCCCGUCUCCCAUCCGUGUGUGCCGGCAAUCGUUCCCCCUCGAACCCCACCUUCUAAGGCGGGGUCGAAAAGCAUGGCAGCUUGAUGAUGGCUCUUUUUCUUCGUCAUUCAUUGCUCCUCGCCCCGGUGGUUCAGAGAAAACAAACAAAAACAUCGUUGUGCAACACGGCCAAUUGACUUUUUCAUCGACUCGAUAUCAAAAUUAGCUGAAAUGGCAUCAACAGCAGGGAAGACGAUUACCUGCAAGGCUGCCAUCGCCUGGGGCCCAGGCCAGGAGCUUAGCUAUGAGGACGUCGAGGUAGCGCCGCCCAAGGCCCACGAGGUCAGAAUCCAGAUCUAUUAUACCGGUGUCUGCCACACAGAUGCCUACACACUUUCCGGCAAGGACCCCGAGGGUGCAUUCCCCGUCAUCCUGGGACACGAGGGCGCCGGCAUUGUCGAGUCGGUCGGCGAGGGGGUGACAAGCGUCAAGCCCGGCGACCAUGUCGUCGCUCUAUACACCCCCGAGUGCAAGGAAUGCAAGUUCUGCAAGUCCGGCAAGACCAACCUCUGCGGCAAGAUCCGCGCGACCCAGGGCAAGGGCGUCAUGCCUGACGGCACCUCGCGCUUCCGGGCGCGGGGCCAGGACAUCCUGCACUUCAUGGGCACUUCCACCUUCAGCCAGUACACCGUGGUUGCCGAUAUCUCGGUCGUGGCCGUGCAGCAGGACGCGCCCAUGGACCGCACCUGCCUGCUGGGCUGCGGCAUCACGACGGGCUACGGCGCCGCCACCAUCACGGCCAAGGUCGAGAAGGGCAGCAACAUUGCCGUCUUUGGCGUGGGCUGCGUCGGGCUCAGCGUGCUCCAGGGUGCCGUCGCGCAGGGCGCCGGCAAGAUCAUCGCCGUCGAUGUCAACGAUAAAAAGGAGGAGUGGGCGCGCAAGUUUGGCGCCACCGAUUUUGUCAACCCGACCAAGCUGCCUGAGGGCAAGACCAUCGUUGACAAGCUCAUCGAGAUGACGGACGGCGGCUGCGACUACACCUUUGAUUGCACCGGCAACGUGAGCGUCAUGCGCGCCGCUCUCGAGGCCUGCCACAAGGGCUGGGGCCAGAGCAUCAUUAUUGGCGUUGCCGCUGCUGGACAGGAGAUUUCGACGAGACCGUUCCAACUCGUGACCGGCCGUGUCUGGAAAGGCAGCGCUUUUGGCGGCGUCAAGGGCAGAUCGCAGUUGCCUGGUCUCGUUAGCGACUACCUCGAGGGGCGGCUCAAGGUGGACGAGUUCAUCACGCACCGCAAGACUUUGGCGCAGAUCAACGAGGCAUUCGAGGUCAUGAAGCAGGGUGACUGCAUCCGGGCUGUCGUGACCAUGAAGGACUAGUGACUCUUGUGACUCUUGGAAAUGCGGAUGUUGGACGCUGAGCCACGGGACCCAUGAGGGUUGUACUUUUUUUUUUUGUUAGCGAACAUAACGUGCAAUGUCAGUCCCAGGCGGCGUCAGCCUUGACCACGGAAUCUGCAGCAAGCUCGUAUGCCCCUGGGGGCUCUGAGUUUGCCAAAUGUCGCCGUUCCGCAGGCCCUGCGAAGUAGUCCGGCGGCCAAAUGUGUGAUGCAAGCGAAGUUAGGAGAGGCUACCGUACUUGAUGGAGCACGAUUGGAUCCCGACUUAUGCUGUCUCAUGCAACCGACCGUAUCGGGCCAGUCUAACAUUUUCGGAAUUUCGAGUCAAGGUUCGCGUUGAGGCCUUUAUACCUAAUGGCUGCUGUUUAAGGCAGUCAUGAGCGCCUGACCGCCCCGGAUCGGCAGGCUGCGGUUCAGCCUCGGCUCCAUGUGCAUGCAC